AUGGCGAAGAGUUGGUUUCUUGAUGGUAGAACUAUUGCAAGGAAUAUAAAAACAAUCGGACUUCCUUCUAUACAUCAAAUCAAAGAUUGUGACGCAAAUUGUGAAUGUCCACAAUGCGGUUAUAAAAUUAAUGAUUAUAACAAUGUGUCAAAUGAGUGGCCUGGGCUACCCAUUGGAGUGAAAUUCGAUCCAUCUGAUGUUGAGCUAUUGGAACAUUUAGCAGCCAAAUGUGGAGUGGGAAAUGAAAAGCCACACCCUUAUAUCGAUGAGUUCAUCCUCACACUUGAUGGAGAGGAAGGAAUAUGCUAUGAACAUCCUGAAAAUCUUCCGGGCGCGAGAAAAGAUGGAAACGUAGUGCAUUUCUUUUAUCGAAAUUCAAAUGCAUAUGCUAAGGGUCAAAGAAAGCGUAGGAAGAUACACAGUGGAUCUAGUUUGAUACGUUGGCAUAAGACUGGUAAAACCAAGGCUAUCUUCAAAAGUGGAGUUCAGCUGGGAUAUAAGAAGAUAAUGGUGCUUUAUGGGGGAAGUGAUGGGAGUUCGAAACCUAGUAAAAGAAAUUGGGUCAUGCAUCAAUAUCAUUUAGGAAUCGAUGAAGAUGAAAAGGAUGGAGAAUAUGUGGUUUCUAAGGUAUUUUAUCAGGUAGAGAAGGAUACUAAGAAUAUUAGUAUUGAACAAACAUAUCCAUCCAUGAGGAUAACCGGUCCUAGAACACCAAUGAUCGAUGCUCCCGAUCCACCACGACUAGGAAAAUCACCAUCCAAGGAAUCGAAAUGCUUUGAAGAAAACUACCUUCCUCCCUUCUCUACUCAUGAAGUCAAGGAUGAUAAGAAGGAAACAGAUACUUGCAAAGAUGAAAACUUUGAUUUGGAUGUAUUUCAUAUUUCAUUCUCUGGUCAAGAUAAUCUCAAUGCUCACUCGACAUCAAAUAAUCUAUGUACUAAAGAUGUUGUAGGAGCCGCUAGAGAUGCGAGUCUUGAAAAUUUAGACGUGGGUAGUCCACUCGAAUUCAAUCUAUCUGAGUUGUAUUUUCCAUCCGAAGAUAGUUUUUGUGAUGGGUUAGAUUGGUUAUAG